AUGACGUACGUGUCUCUUGGUCCCGGAAUGAACGAGGUGAUCACAGCGAAUCCCGAGGUGCUGGAGCACAUUCUCAAGAACAAGUUCAACAACUACCCCAAGGGACCCGACUUCCAGUCUUCGUUCGGCGAUCUGCUGGGCCACGGCAUAUUCAACAGCGAUGGAGAGUCUUCAUUCGGCGACCUGCUGGGCCACGGCAUAUUCAACAGCGAUGGCGAGGCGUGGAAGCAGCAGAGGAAGACGGCCAGCCUUGACCUGGAGUUCUCCGCGCGCUCCCUUCGCGACCUCAUGAUGGUGUCCAUUCAAGACGAGGUGCAGCUGCGCCUACUCCCUACUCUGCAGACGGCCUUGGAAUCAGGCUCAUCUAUUGACAUUCAGGACAUUCUCCUGCGCUACACCUUUGACAACAUCUGUCGCAUCGGCUUCGGUGUGGACCCUGGCUGCCUCGCAGCAGGCCUCCCUGACAUCCCCUUCGCCCGGGCAUUUGAUGACGCCACCAAGGCCACACAGAUCCGCAACAUUCUCCCCGACUCCAUUCGCAGCCUCUUCAUGUCAUGGGGCAUUGCACACGAGAAGAUCCUCAAAGCGUCUGUGCAGGAGAUUGACGAGUUCGCACAUAAGGUGAUAGAGACGCGCAAGGAGCAGCUGGAGAGGUUAAGGAAGGGGGGAGCAGAGGCGGAGGAGGAGGGCAGGGAUGAUGUGUCCCUGGGGCACUCCGACAUUCUCUCCAGGAUGAUGAUGCUCCAGAAGGACGACGGGGGCCAGCUGUACUCGGAGCGCUUCCUGCGCGAUGCGUGCACCAACUUCAUCCUAGCUGGCAGGGACACGUCAUCCGUGCUGCUGACGUGGUUCUUCUGGCUGCUGAGCUGGCACCCACACGUGGAGAGCAAGAUAGUGGAGGAGGCAAGAAGCAUCAUUGCCGGCCGUGACGCAGGCGAUAAGAGGGAGACGUUCACGUAUGACGAGCUGCGCAGCAUGACCUACACACACGCGGCUCUCAACGAGGCUCUGCGCCUCUACCCUUCUGUGCCUGCUGACACCAAGCACGUGAGUGAAGACGACGUGUUACCUGAUGGAACGCCAGUGAAGAAGGGGUGGCGGGUGAUGUACGCGCUCUACGCCAUGGGCCGCAUGACACGCAUCUGGGGCCCCGACGCCCGUGAGUACCGCCCGGAGCGAUGGAUCGACAGCGCGGGGCAGCUGAGGAGCGAGUCGCCCUUCAAGUUCCCCGCCUUCAACGCCGGCCCAAGGCUCUGCCUCAGCAGGGACCUAGCCUACCUGCAGAUGAAAUCCGUGGCAGCGAGUGUGCUUACAAAAUAUCGUUUGAAGCCAUUUCCAGGGCACAAGAUACAGUACAGUGUGUCUCUCACACUCUGUUUAUGA